AUGAAGCGGACAAGAGAGGAGCUGAGCUGUGAUGCACUGACGCAGGUGCGGCGCCAACGGAGGGUGGAGGAAAAUGAAGAUGAAGAUGAGGAGCUGGAGGAAGAGCCGGAAGAGGCGGAGGAUGGCGUGCAGGUCAGCAGACUGAAGCCGCCCCUGCCCCGCUUCACCAGCGCACGCCAGUUCGUGCGAGUAGAGAAGAAGCCGGAGGGCGCUGCACCAACGGCCGCCACCGCUAAGAAGACGGCGCCCCCUGCCGAGUACACCUACACGCGCAUCAGCGAGCUCCAGCCAGGGCAACAGGCCAACGUGUACGGAGUGGUGCGGGCUCUCAAAGAACCCAGACCCACGAGAGGGACAGACUGGGUGGUGGCGCUGGUGGUGGUCGACGUGUCGGCCCCGACCAAGGAGGAGGGGCUCGGCAUCAACCUCUUCGCCCCCGAGGAGCGGGCGUGGGCAGUCACAACAAGUACUCCCUACGACAAGGCCUUGGCCCAUCAUGCACGUGAGUCUCACUCGCGUGGGUUCGCGUGGAUCUUGGUCGAUGGAGCUCCCGGCGCGCCGCUCGUUCCGCACAGCUCCAGCUCUGAGCGUGCCACUUUCACGUCCAAGGACGAAGAGCGGAUCAAGAGCAUACGCGUGUGGGCGUCGUCCACUGCUUUAAUCCCGACCACCACCGCCACCGCCACUACCACUACGACCACCACCACCACCACGGCCACCACCGCUGCCAUUCCUCCGGGGGCUUCAUCAACGCGAGCCGCUCUCGAGAGUCCCUACGUGCGGCGGAUCGCCAGAGUGGAGGAGAACGCGUGGUUUGACCUCAUUUGCCAGAUUACGGAGAUCAGGGACGAUUCUGUCCGCUCCCUGCUGGUGUGGGACGGCACCAAGGCCCCGCUCGACGUCAGUGGGCUCUCCGAGACGGGGCAGCCGCAGGCGCUGGAGGGGCUGAGUUCGCGGCUGCGCGUGGUGGCCGACAUGCCGCCGCCCGUCAUGCACCGGCUGCUCGCCGUGCCCCUCGGCACGUGGGUCCACCUGCGCAACGUGAAAGGCCACAAGCACGCCAACGGCUACAUGUACUGCGCCGCACGCAUGAAAUCCAGCUUCGAGGUCCUCCCUCCCACCGACCCUCGCGUCGAAGCCCUUCUCCAAGGCUUUGAAGAAAAGAAGCGGGCGUUCUUGAGCGAUGAUGAGGCGCGAAGCUUACGAAAGCCGAAAGAUGAGGCGCACGCGGAAUCCGUCGAGGAGCCCGCGCAGCUCGCAGCGAUACAGAAACGCCCCGCGCCACCCGUCCUCCCACCCACGCCUCCCACCGUGAUCGUGCGCUGCGCCGAUCUACCGCUCUCCACUAUCGACGAGAUCCUCAGCUAUCCAGAGUCGACGGCGCUGUUCCGGUGCCAGGCGCACGUGCGGGGCAUGGUGCCGGAGCAGGUGGAGGCCAUCACACGGCCCUCGAGCGUGAAGCCUGACGCGCCCCACGUGUACCUCUUCCAGCUGCAGCUCCAGGACCCCACCGGCACGCUCGACGCCUACGUCUACGACAGAGAGGGCGCGCUCUUCCUGGGACUGGAUGCGGUGGACCUGGAGGAGAACAGCUGCACGCGGGAGAGCAUCCGCGCGAAGAUGGAGGCCCUGCUGGCCCAUCCGACGCCGGCCGAUUUCGUCAUCCGGGCGUACCACCUGGACAGCUCGCGUCCCUCGCUCCGCCGCUACCAGAUUACCUCCACCAUCAUCAACGUCGCCUCCGCCCCUCCGCCGCCCUAA